AUGGCUACCCUCGCAUAGUAGCUUUGGAAUUAACUUGGAGCUCCUUUAGAUAUAGUUGAAAAAGGAAAAUAUGCGCCAGAUAAAUAGUUAGCUUGGAAAUUCAAAAUACUUCCUAAAAACUUUGCAUCAUCUAAUGAUUAGAGUUUUUGGCAAAAAACAGUUAAGAAGGAUUUAGUCGAAUUUUUUAGUUAAGGAUUGUAGUGUGAUCAUGAAUGUUAGCCAGAUGAUAAUUUUAGGUGCAAGUUUUGUGGUAAGAUCUUGAAGUGGAUCGUUUAUGGACCUAAUAAAAUUAUGAAACCAUAUCAUAUUUACUACUAUGAUUUUAAUUACAUUAUAAUGGAAAAGAAAGAAAAUGAUGAUAUUGUAACCUUCAAUUUUACUGAGAUCAACACAAUUUAAGCUUAAAGAGAGUUUGCUCUCUAUAUAAUAUGCCGUUAGCCUGGAAUGGGAUUCGCAGAUUAUUUAGCAAUAAGGAGCAUGCAGGUUCCUAAGACUAUAGCUGAUUAUAAAUUUACAGGAGACAAAUUCCAUAAAAAAUUUGAGUUUUAUGGUGAUUUUGAAAGUGCUAACCUCAAGACAAUGUUUAUAGAUUAAUAAGCAUAGAAAUGUAAGAUACUAUUGAAGUCUGAUUCAAAUAGUUUUGGAUUCGCUUAAUGGUUUUAUUUUGGUGUUAAAUUUUGGGGAAGUGAGCCUCAUAAAGUUACUUUUUCAAUAGCUAACCAAAAGAAGACUCAUUCAUAAUUUUCUAAAGGCAUGAAAUUUUAUGUAGGAUACCUUGAUCCAGAGAAAGGUCUAACUUGGUAACAAUACUCUUAAGAUAUUAUCUAUACCUAAUCUGAAUUUAGGAGGAAAAAGAAAGAAGAUGAACCUUUCGAAGGACCUUUGAGUUUGUUUUUUAAUAAAUUAGAAUUUGAUUUUACUUUCUAAACUUCAGGUGAGAGAGUUCUGUUUAGCUAUUACAAACCAUAUACAUUUACAGACUUGAUUGAGUUUAUAGAGAAAACUGAAUAAUCUCUAAAGGAAAAAGAGAAUGUUGUUGAGGAUUUUUCUGCAAAAUCAAGAACCACUUUUAUUACAACAGAAAAUACCUACUAUAAAAAAGAAAUUAUUGGCGGGUCAAGGCUUGGUCUAUCCUUAUUCAUGAUAGAAAUUACUUGUCCUAAAAAGUUCAAACCGUCUAUCCCUUAUGAUAAAAGGAAAGUUGUGCUCAUUUUAGGUAGACAGCACCCAUUUGAGACACCAUCUUCUUUAGUUUGCUAAGGAUUUAUUAAUUUUCUUAUUUCAGAUAAUCCUGUUGCUAGCCAGCUCAAAAGUAUGUUUAUUUUCAAAAUAUGUCCUAUGGUAAAUCCUGAUGGAGUGGUUAUUGGAAAUUCAAGAACAAACCUAUCUGGAGCAGACUUAAAUAGGUCUUGGGAAAAUCCAACACAGAAUGCUCAUCCAGAAGUAUACUUUUUAAAAUAGUAUAUUUCCAAAAUGAGAGAUAAGAAGAAAGACAUAUUCAUGUUUAUAGAUUUGCAUGCUACUGCAACAAAAGCAAAUUCUUUUCUGGUUGGCUGUGAGUAAGCUCACGGUUUAAGUUCUAAUUAUAAUUGGAUCUCAAAUAGAUUAAUAACUAAACUAAUGCAAGAAACGAUGUGUCACUUUAGAGAAAAGAACUGCAAAUUUAAUCUAAAACAAAAGAAUUAAUGCACAGCUAGAGUGAUUCUUUGGAAAGAAUUUAAAGCUAAAUACUCUUUCAACUUAGAAUUCAGCAUGAAUGGAUAUAGGUUAAAUGAAUUCUUUAUGUCACAGCAAUUUAGGAAAGAAGAGAGAGAUAGGCUGAAAGUAUUAUUAGAGAAUGGUAAAAUUGAUUAUGAUGAAUAUGCAGAAUUGGUAGAUUAAAUAAAGCCACCUAGUUAAGUUUCUGUGUCAGAACCUAACACAAGCAGAUCUCAUCAAUCUCAAAUAAAUGAGGAAUAAAUCUAAAAAAAUUCUUAAACAAGUAGAAGCCUAAUCCGUUAAAUUUCAUAAGGAUAGAUUAACAAUGCUACUUCUCCUUCAUUACAAAAUAGAAAUCUUAAUAACUACAAUAAUCCUAAUAAUCCCGUUUUAAAAAAAGUACCAAUAACAAAGUUUUAAAUAGAAGACUAUGAAUAGAUAGCUGUCGACUUCUGUCAUAAUCUUUUGAAAUUCACCCUUAUGACUUCUAUGAUGUAAGUUGAAAUAGAAUAAAGUGGAUAAAAGGAUUUGGAUAUCUCGAAAGUUAAAAAAGAAAAUGAAAUAAAAGACUAAAUUUCUUAAGGUGGCUCUUAAGAAUAAAUUCGUUAAGCUGAAGGAACAAAUUCUUUUUCUUAAAAAGUUGGAGAAAUUUACUAAAACUCACCAAAAUCGAGAAAGUCUUUUACAAAAAAAAAUGAAGGCAAAUCCCCUACAACAAAUAAAUAAUCUCCUCUUAAAAGGCUAAAUUCUAUUGGACCCAACAAACUCUAAAAAUAGAAUUCAAUAACUGUGAAGGAGAAUGAAUUACCUCAGAAUGAUCUUGACUAAAAUAAUAAUGAAAUAAAGAAAACCCCUAAAAAGAAAUUUGGUGGCAAAUCAAAUUUUUUUAAAAAAAUUCAAAAAAAGAUUUUAUUAGCUAAUUCGAAUUAAGAUGAAAGCGAAGAAGGCGACUCUAUUAAUUCUUCAUCCCAAAUGAAUUUAGAUAACUCUGGAACUUAAGAGUAAAGCAAGUAUGGGUUUAAACUUAACUUAGAAGAAAUUUAAAAUAAAAAAUCUUUUGAAAAUUCAUUUGAGGAAGACAAAUUAUUCGUAAAUUCUCCUAUCUAGAAAUCGUCUGGUGCAACAAAGCUUUAAAAGCAAUCUAGUUUUGCAAUUUAGACGUAAGACUCUAAAAUGAACACAACAAAUCAAAAUGUAAAAGUAGAAAAUAAAAAAUCUGGAAGUAUUUUUAUGGAAAAGGAAAUCAUAGGUAGCAAACAAAAAUAGUUUAGUGCUAAAUUAUAAAAUUUGACUAAUCCUCCUCCUUUGAAUUUAUAAGCAUUUGAAAUUCAAAGUCCCCUAAGUAACCAAUCUUCUAUAAAUUAUAAAUCUAAUUCUAUGAGUCCAGGAUCAGGUAGUCCAUAAAAUGGAUAUCUUUAAAAGAUUUCAAAUAUAGGAAAUGCCAAGCUUUCCCUCAGUAACUCAGGCUAAAGUUUCAAGCAAUCGAAAAACUAUAAAUUCAAGUCAAAAUCAAAGCUGACUUAUUUUGUUAAGUUUAUUAUUGGGCAAUCUCUAAAUAUUAAAAAUCUUUUUCCUGAUAUGAGGUCAUAUGACUGGGAAGAUUACUUUUCAUUCUAAGAAAUAGAAUCUUAGUUAGGAGAAAAAGGAGUUGAGUUUAAAUUGAUACAAAUGAUGAAUCAAAAUAUGGAACCUAUAUUAGAAUAUGACACAGACUCAAAUCCUGAAGAUGACUUAAUUGAUUCUUUUUAGCAUUUGGAUUAUUUAAACGAUAAAGAUGAUGAAGAUACAGAAAGGUAGAACAUAAUAAAAGAUAUUAAUUCUAAAUUUGGAGAAAAAUUUAAGGGAAAGCUUAAAGGUUAAAAAAUUGAUGAUUUACAAGGUAUUUUAGAUGGAAGCCAUGAAGUAGAUGAAAAUGGAAAACUAAAGAAAAAAGAAAUUAAAUAGCAAAAAAUAAAUGAAUUAAAUGGAGAAAAUUCAAAUAUUUGGUUAUCAAACUUAAAAAAGAAUAGAUCAAGACAAGACAGUAACUCAUCAAGAGGUUCUUCUAAAAACAACGCAAAUUAAGAUUAUGAAGACUCACCAAACAGAUCAAAUAGUAAUUGGGCUAAAAAAAGUGAUUACUCACUUAAGAGGUAAAGUCCAAAGCACAGUAAUGAUAUUCAGAACUAAUAAAAUGGAAAAACUUAAAGCUAUAACUCAAGGCUCUUACUUCCAAAAGUUGAACUAUUGAAGUUGAAAAAUCCGUUUUUACCUUCUUCUCAUUAAGUUAACUAGUUUUACAACUCAAAAAACAUAACUAAAGUCCUAUAGGAAGAAAGAGAUUAGUUGCAAACUCUCAAAAAAAUUAAGAAAAAGAAAACUGAUUUAAUGAUGCUUACAACUUACAGCAGUUAAGGGUAUUAAAAAGAUAAGAAAAUACAAAUAGACCCUUCCUUGUGCAUGGCAGGUGCUACCUUCUUUUGUCCUUCAAAGACAAUAUAAUAAAAAUAGGAAAUUGAGCAAAAUAAUUCACGUUCCUAGACAUUGAUCUAAAGCUCACAUAAAUUCUUAAGAUCAUAACAAAAUAGCUUCAAAGACAGUGCUAAUAGUACAGCUUAUAAUGCUCAUUCUAAGUCAUCCAGUAUCAUAUAGUACUCAAAAAAUAAUCCUUUGAACAGAAAAGAAAGCGAUUUACUCUAUAGUUCAGAUUAUCUUUUAGAAAACACUUAAAUUUAUAGAGAUAAUAGCCAUUAUAAUAACGAUUUUGUAAAAGAAGAAAGUAAAGUUUCCUUCAAAAUAAAAAACUCAUAAUUCGGUUCUCUAAUACUACCAGUAGAUAACUAUAAAAUUCCAUAAAUAAAGGAAUAAAAGUAAACAAAGACUCUAGUGGUUUAUUAAAGCCGACUAAACAAAGAUCCAUAUUAAAUUUCUUCAGUUUGUAGAAAUGCUUCUUUAUAGAAAUUGAAUGCAAAUUUAUAAUAUCAAAGCAAUUCAAUCAUAAAAGAUGAAAGUAAAAAAACUGUUGUCUCAUUUUACAGAAAAGCGAACAAAGAAAGUUGA